UCUUCCUUUUCUGACUCUAAUUUCACUCUUCAAUUUCAAUGCGCAUCAUUUCUAGUUUUGAUCAAAUGACUAUGGGAUGAGUUUCUUCAUUCGUUAUUGUGUCUGUGUUUGGAGAAGUAGUGUUAAUCAAGGGAAGUGGGGAAAAACCUUGUUCAAAGUGAUGCUUGAAAAUUGUAUUUUUUUUUUUGUAAAAAUAAUUUUUAAAUAUUGUUUUCCUCUCUGACUUACAUCCUGGGAAGGUGAAGUUCUGAAAAAUUGUUUAGCCUUGGGUGUUUCUUUCUGUUGGAUCUGCAUCUUCUGAUUUAUUGCAUUAUGUGAUGCUUUUCCUUUUUUCUUGUUUCUAUUACCUGCUUCUGAUGGCUACUUGUGUGGAAGAUUUUAUUAGUUUUAUUGGUAAAAACUAACAAGUUGUCUAUUGUUUUCUUCAUUUUGAUGAGUGAAGGAGUCAUGAUGGAGUUUUUCCUUUUUAAUUCUUUUUCAAAAGGGAAGUUUGUAUUGCCUUUGAAGUCCUUGGAAGGUGUUUGAUGUUCCAUUUCUCUCUUGUUUUAUUGUUAUAUUGAGUUUUGCUAGAUAUGGGCGCAUUUUUUAGUGUGGCGAGUACAAAACCUGACCAAAGGGAAUGUAGUGAAAUCUCUCCAAAUGAAGCAUGUAAGAGGCAAAGAAUGUCACCUACUGUUGAUGAAGAGAAUCCAAGGCUAAUUCCUAAUCUCCCUGAUGAGUUAUCACUUCAGAUUAUUGCUAGGCUUCCUAGAAUUUGUUACUUCAAUGUAAGGCUGGUAUCAAAGAAGUGGAAGUCAACUAUCAUGAGUUCUGAAUUGUAUAAAUUAAGAAAAGAACUUGGGACAACUGAAGAGUGGCUAUAUCUGUUGGUUAAGGUUGGAGAAAAUAAUCUUCUGUGGUAUGCUCUAGAUCCUCGUUCUAAGAUAUGGCAGAGAAUGCCUAAUAUGCCCAAUUUUGUUAACAAAGAAGAAUCUAAAAAAGGUUCUUCUAGGCUUUGGAUGUGGAACAUGGUGGAAGGUAUAAGAAUUGCUGAAGUUAUUAGAGGCUUUCUUGGACAGAAGGAUGCAUUUGAUGAAAUGCCUUUUUGCGGUUGUGCGAUUGGAGCUGUUGAUGGAUGUGUUUAUGUUCUUGGUGGAUUCUCUAAGGCUUCAACUAUGAGAUGUGUCUGGCGGUUUGAUCCAAUACAAAAUACGUGGAGCAAGGUGACUUCUAUGUCAGCGGGUCGGGCAUACUGUAAGACAGGCAUCUUAAAUAACAAGCUUUAUGUUGUUGGAGGGGUUAGUCAAGGUCAAGCUGGAUUGGUUCCUCUCCAAUCUGCUGAAGUUUUUGACCCCUCUACAGAUACAUGGUCACAUGUACCUAGUAUGCCAUUCUCUAGAGCUCAAGUAUUGCCCAGUGCUUUUUUGGCUGACAUGUUAAAGCCUAUUGCCACAGGGUUGACCUCAUACAUGGGAAGAUUAUGUGUUCCUCAGAGUCUGUAUUCAUGGCCCUUUUUUGUUGAUGUUGGGGGAGAAAUCUAUGAUCCUGAAACUAACUCGUGGAUAGAAAUGCCUGCUGGAAUGGGUGACGGAUGGCCUGCGCGGCAGGCAGGUACCAAAUUGAGUGUUGUAGUGGAUGGUGAAUUAUAUGCUUUUGACCCUUCUAAUUCUAUGGAUAGUGGAAGAAUCAAGGUAUAUGAUCAAGGUGAAGACGCUUGGAAAGUAGUUAUUGGAAAAGUCCCCAUAUAUGAUUCUGCUGAUUCAGAGUCUCCAUAUCUACUUGCUGGUUUCCAUGGAAAGCUUCAUGUCAUUACCAAAGAUGCCAAUCAUGAUAUUGCGGUUCUGCAGGCUGGCCUGCGCGAUAAUUUGGAUUCUUCACCAUCACUCUCAACUCUGUCACAAAGUACAUUGCAAGAAUCUCCAGAACUGGCUGCCGAAUCAGAUGCAGCAGUUGUUUGGAGGGUAGUUGCUAGCAGGGAUUUUGGGCAGGCUGAACUAGUCAGUUGCCAAGUUAUUGAUAUCUAGACUGAAACCAAACAAUAAAUGUGAAAAGCAGUGAUAGUAUUUGUUUGUCGGCAGCUACACGACUUAGCCUCAUGAGAAUGGAGUUGGGUCCGUUUGUAUUUUGAAUCAGGUGUGUGAACAAAUAGCUGAGUGUUACUAUCGUGUUUGGUUUCACGUAUUGGAUGUGAUUUUACAUGUUUUGGAUGUGAUUUUUAUAGCUUUCAUGUCCCAAACGUGAUUUCUCUAUUCUUAACGUGUUUCCAAACAUGGUAAUAGUUCAUCUCUACGACUGUACCUAUUGAUCUUCUCAUACGAGGUAAUUAAGUGCCACACCUAUUGUCAAUUGCGGUACUGAUAUGCCAGAAUAAUAUCAGAACAAUUCAUUAUUAGUA